GUUAUUUUAAAAAAACAGCACAGACUGCACACCAGAAGCUGCUGUGUUUAAUUCACCUGAUCAAUAGUGUCAUAUUUCCCCUGAAUGAGUUUAAUCAACUCAACAUGAUGAAAGUACAAGAAGAAAAUAUAAUUUUUCAUGUAUAUCCAUCAAUUCAAGUUAUGAUCCUGUUAUUUGUUUCGUGUUAAAAUGUUCUAACUCAAUGUCAGCUGCAAAUGAUCAGCAGCAAUUACACAUUCUGUCCACUAGAGGUCGCUUUUGGUUCAGAUUUAAUUAAGUUAGUUAAGUGUAGCGAUUACUUUCUCUUAACCUCAUUUCACCUGCUGACUGUCAUCUAACAAUAUCAGUCAGUUUAUAGAUAUGAGUUUUAAUGACUCAGUCCAGAAUCAUCUGUUUGUCUAAUAAUUUAAUAUAAUAAUGUAGAAAAAGGUGCAAUGGAAGAGCUGAACAGUUGUGCAGGAAUGUGCAUCGAUAACGUGUAAAUAACUUAGUGUCAGCUACUGGAUAUUAUCAACAGCAGUUGCACCUCAUGGCCACUAGAGGUCUCUGUUGAUCCAGAUUUUAACCACCACGUGCGGCUUUCUGUACUUUCACUUUAGUUUGGUGGUGGGUGAAUGAAAGAUAUGGCGCAGCGUGCACUUAUUCUCUCUUUAUUUGUGCUGACAGUCUCUCAGAAAGCUCUGAUACAAACUGAGCACACUGUGAUGGCAGCAGUGGGAGAACAGGCCUGUUUAAACUGUCAGCUCAUGAAAUCUAAGGACGUUCAUCAAGUCACCUGGCAGAAGAUUCUACCUGACGGAGAGAGUAAUGUGGCCACCUACAACAAAUAUUUCAAGAAACUGGUGAACCUUGGUUUUCAAGGUAAAGUGGAGUUAAUUAAUGCUGGACUGCAGAACAGCUCCAUCCUGAUCAGGAACGUGACGGAGGAGGAUGAAGGCUGCUAUCGCUGCAUGUUUAACACCUACCCUGAUGGAGCUCUCAUUGCUACAACCUGCCUCAAACUCUACGAGCUGCAUGGACCCGUUCUUCACGUCAGAGAAUCAAACUUUUCUGAAGAGGCCGUUGUUUUCUGCUCAGCUACGGGUCGACCUGCUCCCACUGUCACAUUAAGUGUCCUGCAUCACAAACUCAACUUUUCUACACACAGUUUCAAAAACACAAACGGUACGGUCACUGUUAACACUACAGGUGUGCUGAGGCGUAGCUAUGACAACAGCACACAGGUUGAAUGUGAAGUUCAAGUGCCCUCCGUUCCUCUGAAGAAGGACUCUGUGAUGAUUCCUGCAGUCCAGCUGUCGUCUGAAGAUGGUUCAAAGGUCGACACUGGAUCUGAUGACGCUGGUAUUACUCUGGUCAUCGCAGCAGUUGUGACAGUCUCUUCAGUGGUUCUUCUGUUCUUGCUUUCUGAGACGAAAACUACUGAACAGAUUUCCAUUCAACUCACAUCUUGGUGUAAGAACAAGGAGGACCCUGAGGUGAUCAAAACACCGCUACCUACUGAAAAACCUCUCAUGAACAGAACGCCUUUAAUGCAUCAAGAGAACGAGCAGGAGGGCCUCAGGCAGCGGACAUCUUCUGCUGACAAGAUGAUCAACUUCAAACAACAAGCUUCAUCUCGGACACCACAGUGUAAAAAAACACUACUCUAGUAAUGCAGAAACACACAAGGUGACAAAAUUGAAGAAGAGUGUGUAACACUGCUGACAUUGGACAACAGCAUCUGUCAUUCAAAUCCUGAGCCAAUUGGAUGCAGUCUGCAGCCAACAGGCAUCUACCCCCUUUCCCCAGGUGCACUAAUCACCUGAUUGAAACCAAUCAAGAAAUCAGUCAGAAGGCAGCAGGACACUGUCAUUCCUAAAACAGUCAAGGAGAACUUCUGAAAGAAAAACACUGUGCUUUCAACCCUGGACACAAAGCUGGACUUAACUGAACUGAGACUUCAAGCCCUUGAGGAGCUGCUGUGCUGCUGCUGCUGAAGAAUGUUUCAGGACUGAACAGUGGUGGGACAUCCACAAUAGAACAUUGAUUAAAAUGCUGCUCCCAAGUUGAGCAGACUUGUGAUGUUGUUACCUGUUUGCCUAAACAGGUCAGGCCAUAUUGCCGGAGCAAAGAAGAUGGCGAGCUAAAGGAGCAACUUCAAAAGACUCAAGUAGAUACCCUCAAAAGGCAGGCCUCAAAGGGUUGGUUAAAGGGUGUGGUAGGAUUUCCCCUACCUAAAUAAACAUUUGAAUUCGUUGGACAUCUGCACACACAUAACAAGUAACUGCAGUAUGUGUAAUGUGUUUCUGUGCAUUGAUUUAUACAAAUAGAAUUGGGAAUAUUUAGCAUAUGUUGUAUGGAGGGUAAAAGGGGCCCUCAAGAAUCUGGUCAUUGAAGGCCUAUUUUCUUUUAUUUAAAUUGUGGGAUUUCCUUGAUGUUUUUUGUUAUUUGUUAAAAAUUGAAUUUUGAAAUACAAAACCGGUUAUCAACAUUCUGUGUCGUGUGUUUAAUUAAUUAUCCACCAGCUCCAAGA